AUGGUACAAUCUCACUACACGAUAGUUGCGUGCGCACUCCUUGCUAUCUCACCUGCCCUUGUGACAGCACAGUCUGGUCUGCGUGGACUUCAUCGUCUUGCAAAGGCCAAAGGCCGGUACUUCGGUACCGCUACUGAUCAACUCUGGACUAAUACUGACUCUGCCUACCUAGCACUCACCGGAAACUCAAGCGAAUUUGGAGUCAAUACACCAGGGAACCAACAAAAGUGGGAUGCGACCGAGAAAACUAGGAAUGUGUUUUCUUUUACCAACGCAGACUACCAAGUCGCAUGGGCUAAGAACCACAGCCAAGCCAUACUUUGGCAUAGUCAAUUGCCCUCUUGGGUCUCUAGCGGCGGUUUCGACAACGCGACUUUGAUUUCAAUAAUGCAGAAUCACAUUUCAAAAGUUGCUGGGCAUUUCAAGGGCCAGCUGUACGCCUGGGAUGUAGUAAACGAAGCAUUCGAAGAAAAUGGGUCCUACCGUAAUAGUGUGUUCUACAAUACCAUUGGCCCAGCAUUUAUCCCGAUUGCCCUCCGUGCUGCUCGUGCGGCAGACCCUACUGCAAAGCUGUACCUAAACGACUAUAAUACCGAUUGGAGAGGAAGCAAGAGUGACGCAUAUUAUAACCUUGCCAAAAGUCUACUAGCGCAGGGUGUCCCCCUUGAUGGCAUAGGAUUCCAGGGACACUUGAUCGUAAAUAGCUUUGAGCGCACGGUCCAAGAGAACUUCAAGCGUUUCGCGGAUCUGGGGCUUGAAAUCGCGAUCACAGAACUGGAUAUCCGGAUGACACUUCCAGCUACCGAAAAACUGCUCCAAGAUCAAGCAGAAAACUACGCAUAUAUUGUCAAGUCUUGCCUUGCCAUUUCUAAAUGUGUUGGAAUUACGACCUGGGAUACCAGUGAUGAUUAUUCCUGGAUUCCUUCUGUGAACCCGGGACAAGGCGCUGCACUCCUCUUUGAUGGGAACAAGAAGCCUAAACCGGCGUACUAUUCUGUUGCUGAUGCUCUUGCUGCGGCUACCGUCUCGAGCGACCGCACUAAUCUCGCACACAUAUCGGCCAACAUACUCGGGGCGCUAUUCAAGCUCUAUUCUAUCCAACUUCAUACAUUCUUUCCUAUCAUUCCUCAAUUGAUGGUUUUCUCUAACAAGAAGCUGGCGCUGAGCGUCCUAGCUGCCGUGGCCGUUCAAACUGUACAGGGCGUUGCUGUUUGGGGACAAUGUGGCGGCUCAAACUGGAUGGGGGGCACUACUUGCGAUGCCGGAAGCUAUUGCAAGUACCAGAAUGAUUACUAUUCGCAGUGUGUUCCCGGUACCGCUUCAACCACCGCAGGAGCCACAGGUACAACCUCCAUUGCCUCAACAACCACAACAUCCAGUGCUGCCACUGCUACGGCAACUGGCCUCCGAGGCUUGCACGCACUUGCCAAGGCAAAAGGUCGGUACUUUGGUACAGCCACCGACCAACUUUGGAACAAUAAUGAUGCUGCUUACUUGGCUAUUACCGGCAAUAAUUGGGUUAAAAGCGUCAACGAAUUCGGGGCCAACACCCCAGGGAAUCAACAAAAAUGGGAUGCAACAGAGAAGACCCGAAAUGUAUUCACAUAUACGAAUGGAGACUACCAAGUCGCAUGGGCGAAGAACCAUAGUCAAAUUGUGAGAGGCCAUACGCUUGUAUGGCAUAGCCAGCUUGCAUCAUGGGUUUCUAGUGGUGGAUUCGACAACGCGACCUUAGUUUCUAUUGUGCAGAACCAUAUUGCGAACGUUGCGGGACACUAUAAGGGCCAAGUUUAUGCUUGGGAUGUUGUCAAUGAAAUGUUCAACGAAGAUGGAACCUGGCGUACCAGCGUGUUUUAUAACACCAUCGGACCCUCUUACGUCGCCAUUGCCCUCCGUGCCGCGCGCGCUGCUGAUCCAACUGCCAAACUUUAUCUUAACGACUACAACAUUGAAUGGACCGGCGCCAAGUCCGAUGCAAUGUAUAAUCUCGCAAAGGACCUACUUGCACAGGGCGUCCCCCUUGAUGGCAUAGGAUUCCAGGGACAUCUGAUCGUCAACUCAUUCUACCGUACCUUCCAGGCCAACUUUGAACGCUUCGCGGCCCUCGGACUGGAUGUAGCCCUCACGGAACUCGACAUUCGCUACGCACUCCCCGCGACCGAUGCCCUUAUCACAGCCCAAGCGGAGAAUUACAAGUACGUCACAAAUGCCUGCUUGGCUGUCUCUCGCUGCGUUGGAAUUACGGUUUGGGAUACCAGCGACGAUUAUUCUUGGGUCCCUUCAACGUUCCCUGGUCAAGGCGAAGCUCUCCUCUUCGAUAAGAACAAGCAACCCAAGCCUGCGUAUUAUUCGGUUGCCGAUGCAUUGGCCGCUGCGACCGUUAAAGGUACCUGGGCUUGA